AUGUUGUCAAGUAGACCAGUGUUCAGGAGACACCUGGCUACUCACUUAACAAAGAACUUGGUACAAGUGCCCGCCGAAAUGCAGUCACGUGCUCCGCCAUAUGCCAAGCUCAUCGGCAAGUUGGAGCUGGUCAAGGCCAUCACCAACAACACUCCCUUGACGUUGGCCGAAAAGAUCUUGUAUUCACAUCUGUGCAAUCCCGAAGAAUCAUUACCCUCUUCCAAUCUGCAUGAUAUCCGUGGUCUGCAGUACUUGAAGCUGAACCCCGACCGUGUCGCAAUGCAAGAUGCAUCUGCGCAAAUGGCCCUGUUACAGUUCAUGACCACAGGACUUGCUCAAACUUCGGUUCCCGCGUCGAUACACUGUGACCAUUUGAUUGUUGGUAAGGAUGGUGAGAGCCAGGACUUGGUAUCUUCUAUCGCCACCAACAAAGAAGUCUUUGACUUCUUGCAAAGUUGUGCGGACAAGUACGGCAUUCAAUUCUGGGGCCCAGGCUCCGGUAUCAUCCACCAAAUUGUACUGGAAAACUUUUCUGCCCCAGGUCUGAUGAUGCUAGGUACUGACUCCCACACUCCUAACGCCGGUGGUCUAGGUUCUAUCGCCAUUGGUGUCGGUGGUGCUGAUGCUGUUGAUGCAUUGACCGGCACUCCUUGGGAAUUGAAAGCUCCUAAGAUCUUGGGUGUCAAGCUAACCGGCAAGAUGCAGAACUGGGCCUCUCCAAAAGAUGUUAUUACAAAGCUUGCCGGUAUACUAACCGUUCGCGGUGGUACUGGUUAUAUUGUUGAGUAUUUUGGCGAAGGUGUUUCAUCGCUGUCCUGUACUGGCAUGGCUACUAUCUGCAACAUGGGUGCUGAAAUUGGUGCUACAACUUCUACUUUCCCCUAUCAAGAAGCGCACGCCCGCUACUUGAGGGCUACUGGAAGAGGAGUUGUUGCUGAAGCUGCUGAAGCUGCCGCGAAAAACUACAAUUUUUUGAGCGCUGACGAGGGAGCACAGUACGAUAAAGUUCUUGAAAUCAAUCUGAGUGAGUUGGAACCACACGUUAAUGGUCCCUUCACACCAGACUUAUCAACCCCGAUUUCUGAUUUUGGAUCUACUUCAUUGAAGGAAAACUGGCCACAGAAAAUUUCUGCGGGUUUGAUUGGUUCCUGUACCAACUCUUCUUAUCAAGACAUGACAAGAGCAGUCGACCUUGUUAGACAAGCGUCUAGUGCUGGAUUGAAACCACGCAUUCCAUUUUUUGUGACUCCGGGAUCAGAGCAAAUCAGAGCUACAUUAGAGAGAGACGGAUUGAUCAAGACUUUCAAGGACAAUGGUGCUAUUGUUCUAGCAAAUGCAUGUGGACCAUGUAUUGGGCAAUGGGACAGGCAGGAUGUCCCCAAAACUUCUAAGGAAACCAAUGCCAUCUUCACCUCUUUCAACCGUAACUUUAGAGCCAGAAACGAUGGCAAUAGAAACACCAUGAACUUUUUGACUUCCCCUGAAAUGGUCACCACCAUGAUCUACUCUGGUGAUGCUCAAUUCAAUCCUAUUACCGAUUCCAUCACACGCGAAGAUGGAUCGGAGUUCAAAUUUGAGCCCCCCUCUGGCAUCGAAUUGCCUCAUGAAGGGUUUCUGCAGGGUAGAAAAGAAUUCUACCCUCCAAAAGAACCAAAGCCAGAUUCGUCUGUUGAGGUGAAGGUGUCCCCUACUUCUGAUCGUUUACAACUGCUUGAACCAUUCAAGCCAUGGGACGGCAAGGAGGUUAAAACUCAUGUUCUCAUGAAAGUUGAAGGAAAGUGCACCACUGAUCAUAUAUCUGCUGCUGGCGUCUGGUUGAAAUACAAAGGGCACUUAGAGAAUAUUUCCUACAACACCUUAAUAGGCGCCCAAAACAAGGAAACCGGCGAAGUCAACAAGGCAUAUGAUCUCGACGGGACAGCUUUUGGCAUCCCAGAGCUCAUGAUAAAAUGGAAAAACGAGGGCAGGCCCUGGAUUGUGGUGGCUGAACAUAACUAUGGCGAAGGUUCGGCAAGAGAGCAUGCCGCUUUAUCUCCAAGGUUCUUGGGAGGUAAAAUAAUUUUGGUCAAGUCCUUCGCUAGAAUCCAUGAGACAAAUUUGAAGAAACAAGGUAUGCUUCCGCUAACAUUCUCCAAUGAAAGUGAUUAUGAUCGUAUUUCUUCCGGGGAUGUUUUGGAGACUUCAGGUCUUACUGAUAUGAUUGCUAAAGAUGGUAACAAUGGCGGCGAAUUGGACGUCAAAGUCACGAAGAAAGACGGAUCGUCAUUCACCAUAAAGACCAAGCACACCAUGUCUAAAGACCAAAUAUCUUUCUUUAAGGCAGGCUCGGCUAUCAACUUUAUUGGUGACUCAAGCCGCACUUGA